UUAUUCUUUCUUCAUCCUCCAUUCUCAAUCCACCAUUUUCAAUCCUCUUCCUCUGCUCCAAUCCCAUGGCCAUGGCCGCUCAAGCAACCCUCUUCACCCCAUCUCUCUCCACCCCCAAAUCCACCGCCAUUACCGUUCCAUGGAAGCAAUCCCCAACUCUCUCCUUCAUCAACUCCAAGCCCCAUCUCAAGCCCGCCUCCUCUUCCCGCUCACUCAAGGUCUCUGCCGAAGCUGAGGCUGCCGUCGAGGCCCCUGCCGGAUUCUCCCCACCGGAGCUCGACCCAAGCACCCCUUCCCCAAUCUUCGCCGGUAGCACCGGGGGGCUGCUCCGGAAGGCCCAGGUGGAGGAAUUCUAUGUGAUCACAUGGGAGUCCCCCAAGGAGCAAAUCUUCGAGAUGCCGACCGGUGGCGCGGCGAUCAUGCGAGAAGGGCCAAAUCUGCUGAAAUUGGCAAGGAAAGAGCAGUGUUUGGCUUUGGGGACAAGGCUGAGAUCCAAGUACAAGAUUAAGUAUCAAUUUUAUAGGGUUUUUCCUAAUGGGGAAGUUCAGUAUUUGCAUCCUAAAGAUGGGGUUUAUCCAGAGAAGGUGAAUCCAGGAAGGGAAGGAGUUGGUCAGAACUUCAGGUCCAUUGGGAAGAAUGUUAGCCCUAUUGAGGUCAAGUUCACUGGAAAACAAGUGUAUGAUUUGUAAGAAAUUUCCUAUUUCUAAUGCCUUUUUUAUGAUAUCAAUUAUGAUACUCUCUUAUAUUAAUUCUUAUAAGUCUCUAUGUUCUUCUCUUUUGUUUUGUUUGGUGGAAUUCUGAUGUGUGUUGGGUGUAAAUUUAUGGCUUGUUUUCAAUGAUCAUGUUAGAUAAUUCUGUGGAUCAAGUUGAUUUCAGGGGUUAAGUGAUGAAA